AUUUAGGCGGUUAUUUGUGGAGAACUAAUGACCUUGUUUAUCCGGAGAUGUGUUUUCAAUCUUUCUCCCCUAGUUGAGGUUUCAGCUGCACAGCUGCAUUUGGGACACUACAAUUCAAAAUAUAAACUAGUUGUUGAUCCUCAUAAAGAGGAUACUAUUAAAAGUGGUUUUGAGAAUGUGACGAGAUGGCUUAUAGUAGCAGAUAUAUUGAGAGGUCUACGGCUAACCCUUGGUAUGAUAUUUAAGGAGCCUGCAACUUUAAACUACCCUUUCGAGAAGGGUCCUCUCAGUCCAAGAUUUCGUGGUGAGCAUGCUUUACGUAGGUACCCUAGUGGUGAAGAACGGUGUAUCGCUUGCAAACUUUGCGAAGCUAUAUGUCCAGCUCAAGCAAUCACUAUUGAGGCUGAGCCAAGAGCUGAUGGGAGUAGAAGGACAACAAGAUAUGAUAUUGAUAUGACCAAGUGCAUUUACUGCGGAUUUUGCCAGGAAGCUUGUCCAGUAGACGCCAUCGUAGAGGUAACCAAUUUGUUCUUUUAAAGUGCUUACUAUACUCGUAGUAAUAAAGAUCAUUUGGCUAAUUUUCCAGGCUGCAUACCGAGCUUGCAAUAACGUAACUUUCAAUUGAUACUAUUACUGUUCAUUUCACAACAGCAAAAUCCAAAUCUACUAGGAAAUAAUUGGUAAUACUUUGUGAAGGUUUUAAGUGAAGAACUAAUAGUUGACUUGUGGAAUCUCCCUUGGACCGAACUUCGAAUAUUCUACUGAAACACAUGAAGAAUUAUUGUAUAAUAAAGAAAAAUUGCUGCAAAAUGGUGAUAGAUGGGAAGUCGAAAUCUCAGAAAACCUAAAAGCAGAUUAUGUGUAUCGAUGAAGAUCUAUGCACUACUAAUUUCAUAUUUAAACAACCAAUAUCAACUUUUCUCAUAUGUUAGAUUGUUAACGAAUUCAAGACAGCUGGUUAUUCCUAGGUACAUUGAUUUAGAAUAAAAUAGAGCUUUUGGCUUUGU